AUGGAUCGCCGCCCAUGCAAAUCUCUAUUCGAAGACAAAACGUUUGACUCCGUACAGGAGGCUUUGACGUACGACGAAUCUACCCACAAGUUCAAUUUGAAGGAUAUUACUUCACGACUGGCGCUUGAUAUGUACCAACGCAUCAGGCUAGUAAACUGGAUUAGAAAAGAACAUCCCACACCAUCGGCAGUAAUUGCUUUGAAUGGGUCCGAAACCUUCUUCAAUUCCGAUGAGUACUUAAAGCCUUCUCUCGAGGACGAUCCGCUGCUCCAGAUCGUGCCGGACGACUCAGAUUCGGAAGAUGAAGAGACUGGGAAGCCCGAGGCUCCGAAGGACCUUACCGCAGCCACUCGCCGCAUCGCAGCCUUGCAGCGCAAGCUGGAGCAGGCAAAACAGGACCUUGUGUACUAUCGCGGCUUCGUGAGCGAGCGACUCAACCUGGCUGGUCUUGCGGACGAGCUGAAGGAGUCGACCGCUGCAUCUACCUCAACCCACGCAGCAGUCCCGCUGCGCGACGACGACUCGCAUUAUUUUCAGAGCUAUGCGGAAAAUGACAUCCACUCCGUCAUGAUCUCGGACAAGGUUCGCACCGCGACCUACGCGAAGUUCAUUCUCUCCAACCCGGACGUCUUCCGGGACGCCGUUGUGAUGGACGUCGGGUGUGGCACUGGAAUCUUGUCGCUGUUUGCGGCCAAGGCGGGCGCGAAGCGCGUGUUUGCCAUCGAUGCGAGCGAUAUCGCGGAGAAGGCGACACAGAUCGUGAAGGACAACGAGCUUGACAACGUCAUCACCGUCAUCCGAGGCAAGGUUGAGGACAUCAAGUUGCCCGAUGGUUACGACCACGUCGAUAUCAUCAUCUCGGAAUGGAUGGGCUACGCGCUUCUGUACGAGUCGAUGCUGGACUCUGUGCUUCACGCACGCGACCGCUUCCUCCGUCCGGAAGGCGUCAUGGCCCCCAGUCAGUGCAAGAUGAUGUUCGCUCUCUGCGAUGCCGGAGAUCUCUUCAAGGAGCGCAUCGGAUUCUGGAACGACAUCUACGGAUUCGACCUAUCGGCGAUGGCGAAGCACGUCUACGAUGAGGCGGUAGUCGAUGUCGUUGGCCCCCAGACGGUUCUUAGUGAACCCUUUCCAGUCAAGGACCUCUUCCUCGGCAACAUCACAUCGAAGCAGCUCGACUUCUCCGCGCCAUUCACGCUCGUCUCCACCGCCGAGAGACGCACCAAAAUCCACUCCUUCGUGCUCUACUUCGACACCUUCUUCACGAACACCGGAGAGCCCGUCCCAGCAGACACCGAGGUGUACCUCGUCCGCGACGGCGACCCGAUCCUGGCGGAGGUCUGGCCCGUCGGCGGGCGCCCGCACCAACCGCGCCGUAUGAGUACCGCCGAGCCGCUCAAGGGCAAGGGCCGCCCGAAGGUGACGAGCUUUAGCACGGGUCCCGCGUCCGAGCCGACGCACUGGAAGCAGACUAUCUUCUUCCUGCGCGACCCUAUCGUCGCGGCUGAAGGUACGGUCGUGGAGGGCGUGUUCAAGUGCCGCAAGAGCGAGGACAACUCGCGCGAGCUCGACGUCGAGAUCCACUACCGGGUCAAGGACCCCGAGACGCCGGACGCAGCGAGCGAGACGAUCGUGCAGCUGUACAAGGUCCGGUAA